UGGAACGCAAAUGAAAAGAGUUGCUGUUACCCGCCCCUGCUCUGCUCUUUCGCUGCCGCUGGUCUGCUCCUGCUACGAGCCUGUCGGUCGGAUACAGAGAGGAACCACCAUCCAGAAAUGGUGUAGAAUAUCAGGAAAAAACAGCGAGCGAGAGCGGCCAGAAAGAGGAGCAAACGCUACCGAGGGGGGCUUACGUUAACGGCACAGGAGAGCCAUUCAGAAAAGCCGGGGGUCAAAGGUGAGAAGAGCAGAGGGCACCAUGGAGAGCGAGCCGGGGGCCCCUGCCUCCACAGGCAACACCACCGGGACCACCAACUCCUCCUCCAGCACCGCAGCUGCUAGCAGUAGUAAUACCUCUAACACUACUACUACUACUACUGCUACUCCUACCACUUCUUCUAGCAGCAGUAAUAGUAGUAGCAGUGGUGGUAGUAGUAACACUAGCAGUACUUCCAGCAGUACUACGACAGGAAGACAGGCAGUCCCUCAGAUUUCUGUUUACGGUGGGAUAUCUGACCGACAAACAGUGCAGGUGUUCCAGCAGGCGUUACACAGACAGCCCAACACAGCAGCACAGUACCUUCAGCAGAUGUACGCCGCUCAGCAGCAGCAUCUCAUGCUGCAAACCGCUGCUCUCCAGCAGCAGCACAGCCUCAGCACCGCUCAACUCCAGAGCCUGGCCGCUGUACAGCAGGCCAGUAUCGCAGCUGGCCGACAAAACUCACAGAACGGCACAUCAUCUCCACAGUCAGGAUCUACUCAAGCUACCAUCAACCUGACCACCUCCCCAGCGGCAGCUCAGCUGAUCAGCCGGGCUCAGAGCAUUAGUUCCACCCCCACCAGUAUAUCCCAGCAGGCUGUUCUGCUGGGCAGCUCGUCCAGCCCCACUCUCACGGCCAGCCAGGCACAGAUGUACCUGCGCGCACAGAUGGCCCAGCAGAGUAAUCUGGUGCAGGUGGCCAGGAGCCUCGGCCGGGCUGUUCCUCUGUCCCCGCAGCUCAUCUUCACUCCAACGGCCACUGUGACGGCUGUCCAGUCAGAGAGCUCCACACAGGCUUCUUCACAGAAUCAGGUCCAGAACCUCGCCAUCCGUGGCCAGCAGGUGGCGACCACGUCCUCCUCUCAGACUCAGACCCUGCAGGCUCUCAGUCUGAAGCAGAGCCCUGUACCCAUCCAGCCCGCCUCACUGAUCAAGAAUCCCAACCAGGGCACACAAGCCUCCGCAGGAGGGAAGGCCAGCUCCUCUGACAGUUUGUCUGAAGGAGGGAAGAAGGGUGACAGCGCAGCCGUCACAGAAGUCCGAGCCAUAAACAUGAGCCGCAGUGUCACAGCUGUCAGUGCUCAGCCCCUGAUCGCCCCAGCAUACACUCAGAUUCAGCCCCACUCCCUGGUUCAACAGCACAAGCAGCAGCAGCAGUUUGUGGUCCAUCAGAGUCAGGGAUCCCAGAGGACCGCGGGCCAGCUGCUGCAGACGGCCUCUAUUCAACCAUCACAGCACCCUGUCCCCGUACUGCCCAAACCGGCUCCACACCAGCCCUCCACACCAAGCCAGCAGGCCACCAUCUUUCACUCCACCAUCAGCCCCCAUGCACUCCACUCCUCCCUUAACCACGCCAAAGCUCAGCCCGUCCAGCUCACUGCCAUCAACCUACAAAUACAGCCAACGGCCUCUCGACUGGUUCAGGACUGUAAAGAUAAGCCAACGUCACUUGUGGUUAGAGAGACAUGUCCAACCCCUACUACACAGCUGCAGCCACCACCACCACCACCACAACAACAACAGCAGCAGCAGCAGCAACAGCAACAGCAACCUGCACCUUCGCCAUCACAACCCACCAAAUCUGUAGAGCAGCCCAAGGUUGACCCAGCUACACCAGCUGCUCAACCACAAGGAGGGGGCUCAACCAAGAGGCCGAGUGCUGCACCUGGGACCCCACCUCCAGCCAUGACCUCAGGAAAUGAGAGCGAGGCGCCCACCGUGACGGGCAGCACGCCGCAGAACGGAGAGAACAAACCGCCCCAGGCCAUCGUCAAGCCCCAGGUCCUCACACAUGUCAUCGAGGGCUUUGUCAUCCAGGAAGGAGCUGAGCCGUUCCCCGUGUGUGUGGAGCGUCUGCCCAUUCUCAUCGACAGCCCAAAGAAGCUGGAUCAUCAGCUCUCCUCAGACCCUGACAAAACCCCGGUCAGCAACGCGGCAAACACUGACUCUGAGCCCGAGGACAUGAACCAGCCAGAAAAAGAGCAAGAGCCCAAGCUGACGUGUGAAUACUGUGGCUGGGUCGACUUUGCCUACACGUUCAAAGGCUCUAAAAGAUUCUGCUCUGUGGUUUGUGCAAAGAGGUACAAUGUGGGCUGCACAAAGCGGAUAGGACUUUUCCGUCCGGAGAGGAGUAAACCAACGAAUCGCUGGCGUAGGAGAUCUCAGGGGCGCUCCAGUGUAGAGGCAAAGAAGCAGAAGCUGUCCCCCUCACCUCAGCAGACUCAGGUUGGUUCUGUGUCCUCACCGCAUGCCUCACAGCCCAGUCAGGAGGAGUCCAGCCCGUGUUCAGACAUGUCCAGCUAUGAGGAGCCACCGUCUCCCCUGUCGGCAGCCAGCUCAGGACCCCUGGCUCCUGCUCCGGCCCAGGCUCAGGUCCCUGUACACCGGCAUCCAAGCAGGGCCUCAGACCAAGAGGGCUGCUCUGGUCGAGAUGCACCUUCUCUCUGUCAGCGAUUCUUCCCCAGUGAUCCCACCAAGUGGAACGUGGAGGAAGUUUACGAGUUCAUCCGUUCACUGCCAGGUUGUCAAGAGAUAGCAGAUGAGUUUCGGUCUCAGGAGAUUGAUGGACAGGCUCUGCUCCUGUUAAAGGAGGACCACCUCAUGAGCACCAUGAACAUUAAACUGGGACCUGCACUCAAGAUCUUCGCACGCAUCAACAUGCUCAAAGACUCUUAGCAGGAAAGGGUGUUUGUGUGUUGUUCAUUGAUCUCAGUGUGUCUGUGUGUGUGUUUGUAAGUGUGUGAGAGAAGAGCAGAGUGUGAAACUUUGGCACAGGGCAGAUGAUGCAUCAACAUAGCACUGACAACACAGACUGACUGCACUAUGGCCUCACAGCUACUGGACUGGAAUCUCCCUUUAGCUGGCACGAAAUAUUCACCUGAACCUGCUCAACAACCAUGUUGACCAUGUGUGUGUCAUUCACAGGACCGUCGGUGGUUAUAUUAGAGUUGCUCCUCCUUUUCUUGAAGCUGUUAGUCUGUGUUUACAUACACUCACAGGAGUUAAGCCACAGUAACAUUCGAGCCAAAUUCCAGUAUGGUGAUGCUCACAUUUUAAUUGGUUUAAACUGGCAAAUAUAUUUGAUAAACAUCCUAGUUGUAUCCUGAUGUUUGAUUGAGUUAAUGCUGCAGAACACAUUUGCAUGUGGUCAGAUCUAAAUCCCAUCUUUUACUGUAUUUUAUUGGGAGUCGAUUCAGGAGUUGACGCUAGAGAGAUGACAGGAAAUAAGGGUAGUGAGAGAUGGAGAAAAACAUGCAUCAAAGGAUGUUCCAGAUUUAUGGUCAGCACCUUAAACCCCUAGCCCACCAAACGGUCUCAAUGUAUUCUUGAAAAAAGAAAGGUGAUGGAUCUGUGUAUCUCCUGCUGCCUGUCAAACAGCUACAAAUUGCUUUUUCCUCUGGAAAAGUAGGUCGCACCCAUGCAGCAGCAUUGCUUUUCUUGACCUGACACAAGCAGUGUUGUGUACCUGUUUUGCAUAUUAAGAUCUGAUCAUAACAAGGCAGACUAGAGAUAACAGAAUGCCAGAUGUAGAAGGUAAAGGGCUUUUAAUCAAAUGUCAUCAUCCAGAUAACACAUCUAGAUACAGAUUCACUGAUAACAGGUGCACACGGAGUGUCGGAUUUGGCCCAAGGGAAAGAAAUAACGUGACGUAAAUAAGGCAUGAGUGCAAAAGUGCACUUCAUGUUCAGUUGUGCCCAGGUUGGGUCAUACUGCAGAACAGUCAGUAAUGAAUUGAGGCAUUGAGACAAACCUGAGUAAAGUCUGGAUUUAUUAAUAUUAUUGUUAUUAUUUGAGAUGUUUUUGUACAGUUUUGUUAGUGUGUGAAUGGAUGACAAAUGGCUGUAUGUAUGUGUGUCUAUGAACAGAAGAUUGCAUUCAUUAAUUUGCUCAUUUUCAUUCAGUAGAUGUUCCUUUGCCUUUUCUCACAAUAAGACCCGCACAGCUCUGAAUACAAAGCUUGAAUGCAGAGAAACCGUUUAAGCAGCUUCUUUUGUGACAUUGAUUUCCCUUUCAUGAGGAACUCUGUCGUUUUCUCCUGUAGGUGCUGCAAAUGAUUUUUUUUUUUUUUUUGCCCCUUUCUCAAAAUGAUUUACCAAAAUUAUGAUAUUGAUUUCUUGUCUCAGUUUCAUAGGAGGACACUAAGUUAUCCAAGGAACGAUUUGGGUAUGCUGCCCUGCUUUUGGCACUUAUUUUCCUUUUCGUUUGCUUUAAUGUUAUGAGCUACUCCACCGAGUAAGAGACAGUGGCAUUUUUGCAGCAUUGCAAACAAGUUUAUAUGUACAUAGCAGCAAGUGAGGAAAAAGACUGAAACUCAGUGUGAACUUGUAAUUUUUUUAAGUUAUCCUUGUUAUUUUAAAGCAGAAAUUUAAUUAUGUUAUUUUGAAAUAUGCAAAUGUAUAAAUAUCAUGGCCUGGGAGUUGUUUUUUCUAAGUUUUUUUUUUUUAUAAUGAAAAUAUCAUAUCUAUUUGUGUUUUGUGGCUGUGACUUUUUUAGAUAAGGCUUUGUCAAAUGCUUGUAUUUAUCAAAACAGUUUGUUACACAACAUUUUGCGAUUAUAAAUAAUUUGCAAUACA